AUGGCGGCGGCCGGCGGCGGCGGUGCUGCUGCUCCUCCCGCUGCGUGCGCGGCGUGCAAGUACCAGCGCCGGCGCUGCGCGGCGGACUGCCCGCUGGCGCAGUACUUCCCGCACGACCGGCCUCGCGUCUUCCGCAACGCGCACCGGCUCUUCGGCGUCAGCAACAUCCUCAAGACGCUGGACCGCGCCGGGCCCGACCCCGAGAGGCGGCACGAGGCAAUGCAGUGCGUCGUGUACGAGUCGCAGGCAUGGGACCUCUACCCGUCCGCCGGCUGCGUCCCCAUCAUCCACGGUCUGCAGCGCCGGAUACAGCAGGCGGAGCACGAGCUCCGCCGCGUCCACGCCGACCUCCAGGCCUACCGACGAGCCGAUGCUGCCAUCGUCGUCGUCCAAGGCGGCGGACGACCACCCGUUCAUCGCCCCGACAACUUGGACGGCGGCGCCGGCGUCCGCUACUCCUCGGCCGAGGCGAUGUCGUCGUCGUCCUCUCCACCUGCACCGCGGCCGCCGCCGUUCCAGUUACAAUGGACGGCGGCGAUGGGUGAGGACGCCGAGGGCAUUGCCGCUGCUGCUCAGGCACCAUUUAUGUACGGUGGUGGUGAUGAGCAGCAGAUGAUGAUCAACAACGCCGUCACUUCCGACGACGGCAACAUUGCCGCGGUGGCACCACCGCCACAAACGCUGCCGUGGACCAUACAGCAGCCACCGCAGUACGAGCAUCCGUUCUUCGUCAACGCAACGACAAUGCUGCCCCAGUUCCAUUACCAGCAACAACCCAUCGUUGUCUCCACCCAGCUGCCGGAGUUGCGAGACGACAUGAUGAAUUACUUUGCUGACGGCAUGAACGGUGAAAAUGAUGAGAUGCCUCGUGAAUCUAGGUAA